AUGGGAGAUGACCCGUACGACGCUUUUUAUGUGCUUGAUCAACCAAAACCUAAGAUGCUUCCAGAUCUUGCUGCAGAUAGGCUUCGCGCCUUGGAAAAGAAGAUCAAAGCUAUAGAGGGGAAUAAUAUCUUUGGUAUCAUUGCCAUGAACAUGCAUCUGGUGUCAAAUUUGGUCAUCCCGGCUAAAUUUAAAACUCUUGAUUUCGAGAAAUACAAAGGUCAGACUUGUCCAAGAAGUCACCUGGUAAUGUACUUCAGGAAAAUGGAUGCCCAUACUGAAAAUGACAGACUGCUUAUACACUGUUUCCAAGACAAUUUAAGUGGAGUGUCUCUAAGAUGGUACAUGAGCUUAGAGCAAAGGCGAAUCCAAAUCUGGGAAGACUUGGCUGAUGCAUUUCUCCGUAAAUACAAAUACAACUUAGAUAUGGCACCCGACCGAAUGCAGUUACAAGGGAUGGAUAUGAAUGAAAAGGAGUCAUUUAAAGAAUACGCCCAACGAUGGAGAAAGUUGGCUGCUCAGGUAGAGCCACCAUUUUCGGAAAAAGAAAUGACUGGAAUAUUUAUGGACACACUGAAGGACCCUUUCUUUGAUAGAUUGGUGAGUAGUGCAGUGUUCGACUUUGCGCAUCUAGUGACAAUCGGAGAUCGCAUAGAAAAAGGGUUAAGGGAUGGAAAGAUCUAA